AUGACCCCUUGCUCUUGGCAAGGUGAGCGUCAGCCGCGAGAAGGCGAAGAUCCACGUCACAGCAGAGGCACCGUUCUCCAAGCGCUACCUGAAGUACUUGGGGAAGAAGUAUCUGAAAGCACAGAACCUUCGCGACUUCUUGCGCAUCAUCGCCCCGAGCAAGACUUCAUACGAGAUGAGGUAUUUCAACAUCAACGAUGCGGACAGGGACGACUCAGACUGAGCCGCAAGGUACAGCUCAGAGCCACGCGCUGGACUGCGGCUGCAAAGAAAAAGAAGCGCCUGGGACGGAUGGAAACUCAAUCAGUUAACUGCGUCGUCUUUUGUGAACUGUCUUCGACCACGACGUCGCAGAAGACUGAUAGCAGCAGUCUUGCAGCAGUAGUAGUGGUGGUGGUGUUAGUUGUUAGUAUUUCUGGCGGUCCAGUGGUAGUAGUAGCAGUAGCAGUGCCAGUAGAGGUCACAGUCGUAGUAGGAGGGGAGGAGGGGCGGGAGCAGGAUCAGGAACCAAUCUGUCACUGA